AAACACUGAAAGGUCAACUUCCGGCUGGGCUGAACUUUAAAUAAUUAAUUUAUCCAGGCGUUAAUUAAACCAAGAGAACGCUUGAAAUGAAUAAAAGCAUCUGAGCAAUGAAGCAGCAGGGGGGCAAAUAAAGCCCGCAUUAAAACCACGAGUUUCUAGGGCAGACGCCACAGUGAGGCUAGCCGCAGAGCUAACAGUCACACCUGCUCAGAUCUGCCCUGUGCACUGCAUAUACUGUACAUGCCCACCAGCGUUUAUUAACAAAACAUCCAUUCCAUGCUGUAAUCUGCGAAUGACUGCGGAAAUCUGAGCGACAAUGGACUCGAAGAGGGAAAAGGACAACGAAACAGAAUGUGCAAAGAUCACCACUGUGCUUCUGAAGUCCCGCACCGGGGAGUUUGAUUUGGAGUCCAUUAUGUUUCUUAAGCUUAGGAAUUUAGGAAUUUAUGAUCUUGGAUGUAUAGGAGACUGUAUAAACCUGGAGAGGCUGGACCUCUCUGGAAAUAACAUCACAAAUCUGGGGCCUCUUUCACCUCUACGGAGACUUCUUGUUCUUAACUUGUCAGCCAACAGAAUCUCUAAUUUAGAACCUCUUUCCAGCUGUGAAGGUUUACUGAGUUUGAAUGUUGCUGGCAAUGUGAUACUGAGUGUUGAUAAUCUUCAUGCACUGAAGUCUUUAAAGAAGCUGGAGAGCAUCAGACUGAAGGACAACACCUAUAAUUAUACCAAUCCAGUCUGCAAGAAUUUAUCAUACCGGACUCUUAUUCUUGAAAAUUUCCCAAACAUGAAAGUGUUGGAUGGUGAAAGGGUGGUGGGACGUGGAAGUGACUUAUACCAACUAUGCAAAGAUAUUGAUGAUACUAUUAAAACAGGCAUGUAUAAAAAUGGCCAACUGCCUGAGUUGCCAGAGACCAAACCUUGGGUGGAUGAUGGCUUUUGGGAGAUAAAGAGGUCAAACAAUGCCAUAGUUGAUGAAGCCUAUAAACAAUUCAGUGAUGUUCUCCAUGAAUGCAGGCUGCUGAACAGUCGAGCAGCCCACGUGAUCUCACAAAACGAACAGACCAUCAGCUUCAAGAACCAACCAAAGCAGUAUGCCGUUUAAAUCUGGGAAUCUCUCGAUCUCAUUCCAUAAGAACGCAUAUGUUUUUUUCCACAG